AUGUCGACCCUCACCGGCACUCCGCGCAGCGCUCAUGGCCCCUCUGACAAACUCGAAGACAAAGCGGCCUCUGCAGCUCUUUAUGGGGAUCACGAAACCUCACCCAAGCACCGCACCCCAUCCAUCCUUGAUGACGACGGACGGCUGUCCUCUGCAAGUGCUGCACAGUCGUUGAAAUACGCUCGGGCGCAACAAUUGCCAUCUUAUCCAUCGACCGGAGGCGUCAAAUUGGCCUCGGCCGGAGCAGCCGCAAGUCUCGCAGACUCGAACAAGAAACAGUUUGAGCAUUGGAAGCCAGGGACGAUUCCGGCGGCAAACCGGGCCGCACACAUCGCAAAAGAUUACGAGUCGGACCCAGCGUGGAAGCCAGAGCUGAGCCAGGCUGGCUCUCAAGCCGCAAUGCUCGCACACAAAGACAGUGCUCCUGUGGAAGUGUGGACGGCGUCCGAAACGGAGCAUGGCGCCUCAGCUGCUUCUUCUGCGGUUCAAAACCAGAAAUCGCCCCCGGCGAUCACAGAGAGACAGUCCUCAUCCAGCAAUCGACAAAAGGCACUUUUGGCAGCCACUGCGUCAAUGUCGAGAGGCCGACGUCGUGCCGAAUCCGCUCCCAUCAAACCUUUGCAGUCUCCGCCGCAAGCAGGGAGUUCUGGCUGGGCUUUAAAAGCAGCUGAAUCCUCCGCUUCCAACUCGCAUCGGCAGAAAGCAUCGGACCCACCCUUACGAGCGUCCGCUGACUUAUCAAGUUUUGAUGCCGCUCGCGUUCAGAACAUGGCUAAGAACAACAUCUCGCGCCAAAUGUACACCUCGAAUCCUCCAGUGGCGAUUGAAGUCGAGGAGAAGAACAGACAAGAUACGCUUCGAGCUUCUGCGCUAGCCAUGGCCCGGAAGAUGUAUGCUAUUCAACAGGCCCAAAUCGAUGAGGCUAGAGGAGUUGGUCGUUCCGAUAGUCAUUACGCUGCCUACACCGCCCGGAGGCGGGCACAAUCGGAUGCAGCAAGCUUGGCAGCGGCGAAGGAGGAAGUGAUACCAAGAUACGAAAAUCUGGAAGAAGCCGCACGCAAAUUGGCACACGAACGGUUGGCCAAACUGCAUGACGAGCACGCAGAAUAUCGUCAAUAUUAUGGGCAACAGACCCCUCCUCUGAAGUCCAGACUCACCUUACGGCGGGGUCGUCGGACAUCUAGUUUCCAGGAGGACAGUGAUUCAGAUGAGGAGCAGUCACGAAAAAUUCGAGCGCAGAUGUCGUUGUUCCAAGGGAAAUUGGCCGAUGUGGACAACAAGAAACGACAGGCUGACCGAGACGCCCUCUUAGCCAUUGCUCAUAAAAAUGUGACAGCCCGUAUGAAUGCGAUCGACGAGAAAUUGUUCUCCGAGACCGGCAGAACCACACCACAACAACGAGAACUAUGGGAACGACAAGCACGAGAACGAGCUCAACGCGAGAGUGACGAGAGACUGAUUCAUGCAGGCAAAGUCCACAUUGGCGGUGGGAAAUACCUCGAUCAAUCCGAGAUUGAUGCCAUUGCCAAGGCCAGAUUGCAGCCGACGCUGGACGAGAUCACGGAAAAGGCGGAGCAACAACGGGCCAGAGAUGAAGAAAUCAGGCUCGAACAAGAACGAGUCAAGGCCGAACAGAUGACAGAAAAACAACGACUGGCAGAUAUCAAAGCCGAGCAAAAAGCGGCAGCAGGCCGCGAAAAGGCCGAUGCUAAGGCUCACAAGGCCGGAGAGAAACGGGCUCAACAAGAACAGAGAAGUGCGGAAAAGGAACGGCACCGAGCAGAAAAGGAAGAGAAGAGACAGCCAGGAGCUGUCAAAACUCGCUUGCUCCCAGGUUUCCUUGCUAAGGGAGUCGGAACUGGUGCUGCGGUUGUAGCAACCGGGGGAGCUACCGCUGCUGGUGCUGUCGCAGCUGGCGUGGAGGAGCCCGUCGGAGACACUGUGCACGACAAAGUUACAAUGGGACAUGGCGAAGGUGCUCAUACUGUGACGGCUGGCAGAGAGGAAGUGGCUACGACAGACCCACAUGAGGAAGUGCCUGCGACAGACGCACAAGUGGCUGCACAAGACGGUGCACCAGCUCCAUUGGAUCCCAUCGCUAUCCAACCGCAGGAACCGACAUCUCCAAAUUCACCCUCCAAACGAGAUUCGAGGGUGAAGUCCUGGUUUAAGAGAAUCAGGGGUGGAAGCAGGCCUGAAAAUGACUUGCAUGACAAGCCCGACGCGGCAGGAACACCACUCGAGGUACAUGACGCUGUGACCACCACUGAACCGGCCAAGACCAGCGAGGAAGAAGACAAGCCUCGGUCCGAGUCCAUCCGUGAUGUCGCCCUCGCCGGUCGAAGUGAUGCCGAAACCGACGACAUGUAUGGCGCAUCACCUAAGCCUGAUGGCCGAGUCUCACCAGUCCCCGGUGAAGCAACAGCCUCAGGGUCUGGUCCGGGUCCAGCAGUUGCGGAAAUCGACCAUAGGAGCAGCUCGAUCAGUUCAGUGUCUGGCUCAUCCGUGCUAAGUGAGGAGCCACACGUGAUUGCCGCGGAUGCGGCUUCGUCGCGGUAUUCCGCCGACCACACAUCCAAAGGAGACUCGGGAGUUGACCAAGUGGGAACGCUCUCGGACACCGAGUCAGAACCUCGAGGAAGGAAAGGAUUCCGGGAGAGAUUCCUGAGCACCAUCAUUCCAGGAAGCCUCAGCCACAAGGAAAAAGACAAGCCGAAAUCCACAGCUGAUGGAACGGCCGUGGCAACAGCAGGAUCGACGAGCGCCCCCAUUCCAGAAGACGGACAUGUAUCGCCCGAUGCAGAACCAUCGAAUACAACGCAAGAUGGUAAAGAACCAUCGACGCCGACGACUCAGGGGCAGACCAACGGUGACAAUGCUGAUGACGAUGACGACGACGACGACGAUGAAGAUUUCGAAGAGGCCCGCGACACGUUUGACGAGGAGCGUCUAGCCCCGCCGCCCAAGCUGGUCGACAUGGCGGGUGCGAAGACUUCGGAGACGCCACGCAUCGUCGACGUCGGCAGCCCUACGAGCAAGACCCAGAGCACCAGUCCCGCGGGGAGUCGGUUUACGGAGGAAUUGUAA